CUGCUUUAGAGGGAUGGGGAUUCCCGAUGGUGGAGCGGGUCCGUGAUGAUGUUUGACUGCAGGAUGUGCUGACGAGGGAGGAGAAAAGAGUGAAGAAUGAAUCAAAGGAUGUGCAUGAGGAACAUUAUUCUGCCGCAGACCACCACAGCCUGAAGCCACCCCGCCAAACUCUGGGACCAUGUCUGGAGCCUACGACGAGUCCGCCUUCCAGGAGGAGAGCACAGACAGCUUCUGGGAGGUUGGGAACUACAAACGCACGGUGAAGAGGAUUGACGACGGUCAUCGGCUGUGCAAUGACCUGAUGAACUGCAUCCAGGAGCGUGCCAAAAUUGAGAAAGCGUACGCACAGCAGCUGACCGAGUGGUCCAAAAGAUGGAGGCAGCUGAUAGACAAAGGGCCUCAGUAUGGGACCGUGGAGCGAGCCUGGGUAGCGAUGAUGACGGAGGCAGAGAAGGUGAGCGACCUCCACCAUGACAUGAGGACUAACCUCAUGAACAACGACUUCGAGAAGGUGAAGAACUGGCAGAAGGAAUCGUACCACAAACAGAUGAUGGGGGGAUUCAAGGAGACCAAAGAGGCGGAGGAGGGCUUCAAGAAGGCCCAGAAACCCUGGGCCAAAAAGCUAAAAGAGCUCGAGGCGGCCAAGAAGUCGUUCCACAUGGCUUGCAAAGAGGAGAAGCUGGCGUCGGCCAGAGAGGCCAACAGCAGAGCAGAGGCCUCGGUGACGGCCGACCAGCAGAAGAAACUGCAGGAGAAGCUGGAAAAGUGCAGACAGGACUCCCAGAAGGCCAGGGAGAAGUACGAGCGGUCUCUGGAAGAGCUGAAUCAUUGCACCCCGCCCUACAAGGACGGCAUGGAGCUGGUGUUCGAGCAGUGCCAGCAGUUUGAAGACAAGAGGCUGGACUUCCUCAAGGAGGUGCUGCUGGAGGUCAAAGGCCACCUCAACCUCGCCGAGAACCAAAGUUACGCUGCAGUGUACAGAGAACUUGAACACACCAUCAAGUCGGCCAGUCCGGAGGAAGAUCUCAAGUGGUUUGACAGCAUGCACGGCCCCAGCAUGCAUAUGAACUGGCCGCAGUUUGAGGAGUACAACCCAGACCUCGCACACCACAUCUCAAAGAAAGAAAAGUCCAGGAAAGGGACUGACGGCAUCAUGCUGACUCACGUCACCUCCGCGGUGGAUCACGCUCAAGCAGGAGACCGGGGAAGUGUGAGCAGCUACGAGAAGAACCAGGCGUACACGGCCUCCACGGAAUGGUCGGACGAGGACCAAACGGCCGCCGACUCGGGCAACGACACCAACGGAGGGUCCAACCCUUUCGACGAGGACGUGGGCAAAGGCGUGCGGGUGAAAGCGUUGUACGACUACGACGGCCAGGAGCAGGACGAGCUCAGCUUCAGGGCGGGCGACGAGCUGACGAAGCUGGAGGAAGAAGACGAGCAGGGCUGGUGUAAAGGCCGCCUCGAUAACGGGAAGCUGGGCCUCUACCCGGCCAAUUACGUGGAGCCCAUCUAA